AUGGUUUCUCACAGCAGUGCCUCUACCGAGAGCGCUAGCUCCAAUGAUACUGUAAGGCCGCUCAACGCAGAAAUUUCGGACUCGGAGCAGGCUGAACAGGAUGUGUCCCGCUGGCUGCAAACUUCUAAUCCCAACGUCCAAAAACUCUACAAUCUAGCACUGAAUGUCACGAAUCACAGCCGCUCCAAUGGCCAUAAGAUUCUGGAAGCUCUGGUUGGCGAUGUGCAGGUAUUGCUCACUCGUGAACGGCUCGCGGAACGUACUCCACCUCCAAAACUCGAGUCCGCUCUCUUUCUCGAUGGGGAACCGAGACGAAUAAGGGUGGAUUCUUGUGACAUAUUCCUUAAUAACCGCGACUCCUCAGCGAGGUUCUUGCUCCUCGCGUGCGAGCGCGAUGAGUCUUUGAAGACGAAAAAUUGGCAAGUCUCCGUGCAGGAACAAGCAUACCUGCUCGAGUGGGGUUUCAGUCAGCCCUACGUCGGAGACGCACUGGAGCGGUUUCUAGAAGUCGUGCACCAUUGCCACGAGGAAUAUGACCCGAAACAACAUUACGGUCGAGUCAUCCCCAUCUUGCAAUCUAGUGCAUGCGGCAAAUCACGUCUAAUCAAGGAGCUCGCGAAGCAGGAAUGCCUCAUCAGCGUUUGUUUUCGAGACAACCUUGAUCCCACUUCUGGCUGGCCUCCCGGUGAUAUGGCCGCGAAAGCGUUCUUCGAUGACCACUGCGACGGCGACUAUAUGGGUGAAGAACUCGCGGCCGCCUUCUUAGGAGCAUUCGCCGAGGUUGCUGCCGAAACAAUGGACCUCACCGCCGCCACCGCACUGGCCAAUUGGGACUAUGUUCUACCUGGAUCCAGACAACAAGACGUGCGAGGACAGUACAUGCAAAGGGUCACGGAGCGUGCGAAUCACAAGUUAGAGAGUCGUAAGGCGUGGCUAAAGCAGGAACGGGCAUGGAUGGCUGGUGUUAAGCCUACCGCGCCUCGCUCGACCUCUUCCCGUUCCUCUACACCUUCUACCGAACAGAAUCGAUCACGCUCUCCAAACUGGCACAAGAAGCUCGUCACCGAGUUCUGUGCCGAAGGCUUUGAAGCAUUGAACGACAACGUUUCCGCUCUUGAACGAAGUCGGUUCUUCAUUGCUAUAGACGAGUGUAGUGCGCUUGGCGAGGGCUCCGACGCUGUGACGCUCCCUAUCAAUCGCAUCUCACUCCAUGCUAUGCAACGGAUAUUGAAUGCGGUGGACUCACUCAGCAUCAAAAUCGAGAUCUGGUUUCUGCUCCUCGAUACGAACUACAAACCCUUCCUGCAAGGGCCGUCGAACACACAUGCCGAGUCUCUCGGUCCAACAAAGCCGCUAACGUUCCUGUGCCCAUUCGUCUAUCUCGGGUUCAACCAGAUGGCGCGUCACAUAUCGGUCAACAUCGCAAGGGAGGUCUUAGGUACUGAUCAUCUUCGAAUGUUUGGUCGCCCGUAUUGGUCUACGUUGAACGCCAAGGACGUCAUGGACAUGGCGAGAGAGAAGUUGUUCUACGUGCGCAGGGGGGCUCCGAUCUUCGACCACGAAAAUCAACAUCACGUCUUUGCCGCCUUCGCCUCACGCGUCGCCCUCGAGCUCGCCGACAACGAGACCGCCAGACGACUCGCGGUCGAAGCAGUCAGCGAUCAUAUGCGCAUGGUCGUCUCCAUUCUUGGGGACAAAAUGAAGACGGAAGCACCAUCGGAGCCAGUGCUCGCCCUCGCUGCAGCCGUCGCACUGACUGAGAACAUGGAAGGCUAUCGGGAGGCGCUGGCGUAUCUCUUCGACGAGCUAAUCCUCGAGGGCGUGAUCCUCGACCGCGGCGCUCAAGGUGAGCUCUGUACUCGCCUCCUGCUCAUCCUCGCCAGGGACCAGGCCGCCAUGUCCGUCCACGACGGAAGAUUCAUGGACGCCAGCUUGACACACAUUCUUCCGAUCACGCUCGCCGACUUCCUCGAGACUCUCGUUGGACCCGACUAUGGUUGUCCCGACGAACAGUCGAAGGAGACCGUCGCAGAACUUCGCAAGCUCUCUCAUGGACUAGCCGUUCACUGGACGCACUUCCAUGUUCUCAAGAAGCCGCUAGACGAAAUACCGAUUGCCAUGCUGGAGUGGGCCUUCUUCGCCGGUGCCGCGCUUCAAUGCGCACAGAACCAGGAGAAUAUCGACUUGCUUCUUCCCACAUACUCUGGUCCCCUCGACGAGCCGUACAGUUCUGACUACUUGGGUGCUGCUGGAGUGAAGGCGAUUGCUCAGGAAGGUGCUCAGUCGCCGAAGGUUGGAGAGGGUCUCACCAUACCACCUAUAGUCGUCGAGCGCGAGGGGAGAAAGACACGCGUCAAAAAGAAAACAAUCGUCAUCCUCAUGGACUUUGGCGCAAACCCCAGCAACGAGCGCAAGGUCCAGUCAACACGGCGCGCGGCCACGACUCCGUACGAUGACCAGAGUUUGACAGAGAAUCAGAGAGAGGCAACCUGGAGAGGGUAUUGCGAUACAGCAUCAGGUGACGAACCAGAGCCGGAAAACUUCUUCUUGUGCAUCCGCGGUCGGGGUCCAGAGACGUAUCCCGUCAUGAAGGGUUUCGAGGAGGAGUUUCGCGCGCUUUUCGACCAUCGCUUGUCCACUUCUCUUCCAGUUCCGUAUACUGAGAUGGAGGCGAAGAUGGAGGAGAUGAUGGAUCCAUUCCAGUUUUCGGCCGAAGAGGCGUAG